GUCGGCUAUCGCUGCCAGCUGAAAGCCCGUCCCCGAAUUCGUCUAGCAAGCCCGUCCACAAAUAGUCUUCUGCUCGCCUCUCCGGAAUAAGGGAGAGGCGCAAGAGUCGGAAGUAAUGGCAGCCCUAGAAACUGAUAUCAGCACCGCAACUCAAGGAGGUUCUUUCGACAUCUUCUGACAACAGUGUCCCAGAGAGCCUGGACUAUCUUGGCGUAACAACCCGGGCUAUAUCGCCUUUCGAUGCUUUUCAUCUAAUGUUCGGUUGGGAUACAUACGUCCCGGGACAUUCCCCGCCUUUGGAUCCCCGGCUUGGUCCAGACCAGGCGUCCGAGAGGGAAGUUCGGAGCGGGAGAGCCCAUACUCGCAACGAGUUUGGCAACGCCCAAGGGGACGCAAUCCAAGGCGCGAUGAACAUGGUCCCUUCGCUACCAACACAUUCAUACCGCGACCACGGAUCUCCUGCCGACCUCCAUGGUAGCUUCCAAACCGGCCUUGUCGGGACUUCCGAAAUGCAAGGCUACACCGGAAUGCCCAAUGUGCCGUCGUCAAACACCAACGAUGCCAAUGCGACACGCAUGGCGGAUUCGGUCGAUGAGACCCUACAACCCAAGCCCUCAGGUGGCAGCAACAGGCGCAGGGUUCGAAACUACGCAGUCGACGACACAGGCUCGGUUGACGAAGACAAUUCCAGCACCAUCAGGAGACAGCGCAACAACAUCGCCGCCCGCCGGUAUCGCCAGAAGGGCCGCGACCGUAUCGCCGAGUUGGAGUCCGCCCUGAGGGUCGUGGAGGAAGAGCGAGACCGGCUCAAAUUGGAGCUUGCGAGGAAAGAGGCCGAGGUUGACGCGUUGAGGGAAGUUUUGAGAAAGUAGAGAGCUGUUCCGUCUAGAGAUGAGUCCCUUUUGUUAGUAAUGCGGUCGAGUAAGAGGAUUAUGAUCAGGACAAAGAGCCUGGGCAGCAGAAAGGGGUUCGCAACACACACACACACACACACACACACGUAUUCCUGCUGGUCAGGGUAAAUCUGCCUGCUAUGGUUUACCUGGAAGAUGGAACUUGGGCAGUACCGCUAUUAGAGAAUCAAGAGCAAACAGAUUAGAAAUAGGAACCAUGUUGAUACGA